ACAUAUUCUUUAUUUUUUAUUGCUGGACUCUUGUUCCUGACAACGCCUGACAGAUAAAUGAACUAGCCACAGGUGACUUUACUAUCUUUACAUAUUCAAAAUGGCCCAAUCUGCAGCCUCGACUUGUGAAAUAUGUUGUGCUGGUCCGGGUGAAAAGUACUGCCAGCAGUGUGAUCAGUUAUUUUGCGGAAGCUGUAAACUAUCUCAUUUACGCACGAAGUCUUGUCAAAACCACACGUUUUCAAGCGGACCAAACAUGAAUCGGGAAGAAAAGCUUCUUUGUACAGAACACAAAGACAGUUUCUUAUUCUACUGUCAUGAUUGUGAUACUCCUGUGUGCAAAAUAUGUUCCGUAAAAAAACACAGUCGCCAUUUAAUGACAGACCUGGCUGAAUCAACUGAGAAACUAAGGUCUGACCUAGUUGAGAAAAUUAAAUCAAAAGAGGAAACCUCCAAUUUGAACCUUAGCAAAAUUGAGGAAAAUACAAAAGCCUACCGUGAGGAAAUUAAAGCUGUCAUCAAAUCCAUAACUGAGGAAGGGAAUAACUGGAAAAAACUAAUUGAUAAAAAAGUAGAAAGUUUGGUUAAGCUAGUACAGGAUGGGGAGCAAAAAGCAUUACAAAGUAUGUCGGUUUUAACACAAUUUAAUAAGGAACUGUUAGGGAAAUGUCAACAGUGGCAAAUAAAUGUCAAAGAUAUGGACACAACAGAAGAUGUAUCUUUGUUACAAAAGCUGAAACAAAUUAAAACUGAUAUUGAUAAGAGAGAAUGUAAGCAGAUUCUCGAUGGGCCUUAUGUGUCAUACAGAAACCGAAAGUCGUCAGGGACAGAAAUAGACACCCUAUUUGGAGAGUUAAAACUUCAGAAAGGUAAAACGUUCAGGGUAAACAAAGACAAACAACAGCAUGCCAGGCCGGAAGCAAUGCAAAAGAGGUACAAAUAUGUAUGCGCUUGGUGCAGGACAGAAAAAGUUUCAACUAACGAGCCUGGAACAAGUACCGCGUAUGGCGGUCCAGGUAAAGUUAUGGUGUGCAAAAACAGUAAAUGUUCCGGGCACAAUCAUACGUCAUGUUGGCAUGAUUUUAUUGGAGAGGCAUAGAACCAGCUCACCAAAGAUGUCAAAGUUAGUUGUAUACAGAGUCGUUGUGUUUUGAUUCAAACAUUCAGAUCAGUAAAGGAUAUCAUAUGGACUGUCGGACUUGUUUAGUGUAUAAACAUAUGUGUUUUAUUUAAUUGAUAGACAGCGAAAUUGUUUCAGCGUUAUAUCUUUUUCUUACGAUUAUUCUGUCAGAAAUGUUUUAAAUAUCAUAUGUAGCACAACACAAUGUUUUCUUCAAACACGC